AAAAAAUUCUUAAUACUAAGUAUAAAAUAACAAAAAAAUUGGCAAAAACGCCGGUCAAUUAAAAAAAAAUAAAAAACAUUACAACAUAGUUAAAAAUAUCGACUGUACACAGCGCUAUAGUAGCGUCACGAUUACAAAAAAAAUAGAAGUUGGCAGCAGUGGCCGAAAAUCAACAACAACAGCAUCGUGUUUGUAAACACGACGAUAAAAAAUGGUUGACAAUUCCAAAAUUUACAAUUUUUUAUUCAAUUUUGAGUUUUUUACCCUACAAAUUCUCGCUUAAAUGCGGUAACUGCAAAGGACGAUGUUGUCGACGAUGUUUUUCGACGCUGGAUACGAUGACCGGCCACUCAACCGCAUAUUUCAGGAUGACUCAUCUCACUACUCAUUGCUGCUGGUAUUUUUAUCAAUGGUGAUAAUUUCCAUAGUUCCAUAUGGAACCGAACAGAGAUGGCGCGAUUCCGAUUUUUUUAAGGAGUCGUGAGAAUCGCAUGAAUCCGAUUCCGGAAUCGGAUUCCAUUUUCGAUUCACCUGACAGAUGAAUCGAAAAAUGUGAAAUCUGACUCUUUUCAAGCAGGAAUCGCAAAUGUAAUAUGAUUCGCGAUUCCGGUAAUUUGAUUCUCGCGACUCCUCAUUACGAUUCUCUAGACUCUCACAAUGAACGAAAUCACCCAAAUUCAAUUGAAUGAAAAGCACAAAUACAAAAAAGUGUAAUUUUCAUAAAUAUUCUUUUAUCUAAUUUUUGCCGGUUGGCGCUGAAAAGUCAAAAGUGGUUGUGAAAGUGAAUCUGAAUGAUGAAUUUAGAAUUUAUCAUUGUUUUACUAAUAACAUGGAGUUGUGAUGGGAAUCUGGCUGGAGUCGUGAGAGGAAUCUGGUUGGAGUUGUGAGAGGAUCCUAAGAUGAGUCGUGAGUGGAAUCUGAAUCGGAGUCGCGAAAGGAAUCGGAAUCGAAAAUUACGAUUCGGAUUCGGAUUCCUAUAUCUGGCGAAUCUGAUAAGCGGAAUCAGGACUCAAAAUUUUGUGGAAUCACACCAUUUGGAAUCCGAUUCUCAAGCUCCUGGAAUCGCGCCAACUCUGGAACCGAAGACUUUUCUUAAUUUAUUUGAAUUGAAUUUUGGUUUUUGCUCGGUAUCUACGGUUACUUUGGUCGAACGUUACGAUGAAAUGAUUUUUGACUUUGCCUUUUUCUUCUUCGAGCGUUUUUGCGAGGUGUUUUUUACGCAUGAAUAACAGGAGUUUUUCUAGCACGAAAUCCGCCGGAAAUACUUCGACCUUGUGCCUUGCUGGAAUUGUUCGCUGCGAUAAUACCGUGAAAGAACGGUUAAUUAUUGUCACCACAUUCACCGUCACCGGAGGUGUAAUGACGUGCACCCGUACCAUUUCUUGUUCUGAAACAGAAAACACAUUCAUCGUUCUGCGAGGUCUUCUUGACCUGCGUGAUGCACGAUUUGGGUAGCUCGACCCCCGAAGGUACUCGGCAUAGUUUUGUGGCGGUUGAUUGUACGAUUCGCAAUAUUGGUCAGGCGGAUACCGAUUGCCUGCAUUUUGCUGAUAGGUUUGAUGGUUGGUGUGUUGGCGAUUGGGCUGUCUGAAUCUGUUACCCAUGUUCGGCUUGAACUUUCGCUUCAGUGGUCGUUGACCUUGCCCCCUGGGCAUUUGGUGCCUUUGUUUUGGCUUUGGGUGAUCGUAUUUCGGUGGCUGUCGCUAGCCGAGUUAUUUUCCGAAGAUUCUGACGAUGGAGCCAACUUUUUUCCGGUAGCCAAUUCGAGCUCUCGAAAUAAAUAUUCGACUAAGUCGUUGGAAGAUGACGCGAAACUUGGUGGCGAAUACGCUGACGACGAUUUCACCGGUCGCUGUUGUAUUUUAUCAUCGUCGGAGUCGAACAAUGAUUCGACGUGUUUGUUCUGGUUUGCAGUUAGCGACGGCGAGACACUUUUGGCAGAUACCUUCGGCAAUGGUACUGGUGACUUCGGAGGUUUAGCAGUUUUGGCGGUUGCUUUUGUCGUUGGUUCGGAUUUUUUCUCGGUGGCUUUCGAUUGUUUCUCGUUGCGCUUCGCUUUUUUGGUGCGCUUAGACUUCUUUUUAGUUGAUUUGGAGGAGAGGUACCGAUGAUUUUAGGUAUUUUAAACUCAGAAAUCUUACCUUCGUUCUCGACGACGGGUAUCUCUUCGAAAGAAGUACCAGCGAUUUGCGUCGAAUGGCGGCGGAUCGGCGGCGAAUUUUGGGGCGAAUCGUCGGUCUCGGAUUUCAAAAGCUUGUCUUCGAGUUGCUUGGCUGCUAUCUCGUCGGCUUCAUCUGGCUCGGAUAAUGAUGUCGAGCUUGGAGAUUUCGACGGUGACGACGACGAUCGGUUCGACGAAGAGGACGACGACGAUGAUGACGACGACGACGAACUCGACGAAGAAGAAGAAGAAGAGGACGACGAUUCCGAGUCAGCUUUUUUAGACUCUUGAUACGGUGACGGUGAUUUUUCCCGUUCAUUUACCGGCGAUGCAUUUAACGAUUGGUUAUUAUUCGAUUCGUCGUCCAUUCUAUCAACACAGAAAAAAAAUUUGAGCCACGUUUUUAUCGAUCACGUUUUAUUUGGUUUGAACGAGCCCUUCGAGUUGGAUUGAGCGAGCACGUUUUUACGAUGAUGAGCGAAUUUUCACACUUUUUACAGAAAAAAUUCCGGCUUAAAUUACACCAUUGGGGAAAUAAUAUGUUCGUUCGAAGAUGGUGGCUAGCCUGGCACUGCCAAGAUGACCAUACCAGUGAUGCAGAUAGUUCACCACUUCAGCAAACAAAUUUUCAGGCAUGAACUGACGAACAUGACGAUGUUGUCUCGGUUUUCAUCGUCCUUUUGGUAGAUGACCGCAUUCACCGUGUCAUUGUCGUGGGCCACUUCAAUGAAGAAUUCGCGAUCUGGAUCUGGAGCAAUUCCGCAGAAUUUGCUGAUUUUUGGUCAGCUGGAAGAUCGCUGCUGGUGUUGCUGUCAACUUGGGUUUUUUCAACUUCAGCUACUAGUACUUGUUGAGGUGACUCGAAUAUAUUAUCGGUCUGUACUGCUUUAUUUGAUGUUUUGUUAUUGGUUUGCUUCUUUUUUUCUUUUUCAGCUGCUUCGAACUCUUCCAUGCAUUUUGUGAACGAGAAUGGUUCGUUUGUUUGCUGCCGAGUGGAAUUUGCCACUCCUGAAUUGGCCGCUGGAAUUGAAGACGUCGGCUGUUCAAAUGAAUCGAUCGGUGGUGUUAUUACUAUUUUAGGUGUAUUUGAUACGCUCGUUUGAGUUGCAAUAUUAUUUUGUGCAUUUUUAUCGACGUGUUUUUCGCUUGAUUUUGCAUUUUGUUGUUGUUGUCUUUCCAUGUAUUCCCCUCCUUGGUCCUUGUAUUUUGAAUUUUCGAAAAUUUGCGUCUUGGAGUUUAAGGUCGUAGCAUUUUUUGGAACUACUUUUUUCGAAUUCUUACAUUUUUUAUUUUUAUUCUUUUUUCUUCGGUUUUGGGAGUCUAACUUCGCGAGUAAAAUUUCAUAAUCGAUUUGUUCGAUCUCUCGACCCUCGAUAAUUUGUUCUACUUCGCGAACCAUUGCUACGUGGCAUGGUUUUAACAUGUAUUUUUUCAUAGGUGGUUUAUUUGAUCGAUGAUUUUUCUCAAAUAGGUGCCUAUUAAUUUUUACGUUUCCAAAUUCGGUUUUUUCGAUCGCGUUAGCUUGAUUUUUACGAAGAAACAUAUCAGCUUGAGAUGUUAGGAGGUGGGUUUUUGUAAUUUGAGUGAUUUUUUGAAACAAUCUGCGCAAGGCAAGAUAUCUUUUCAACGUUUUCGCGUUUUUUCUCUCUUUUACAUAGGGUAACAGUAUAGGAAAAUUAACAUAGAUGUUUUCACCGCCAUUUUCGCGUAUAUGGUCGAUAGUAUCGACCAUAUAUUCUUCAAUGUAGGCGAAGGGGGCGAAGAGAUCGUUGACUUCGUCCUCCCCAAUCGAUAAAAUUACAUUUUUGUUGAAAUUUUUCAUUUUCUUAAUAUGCAGCCAAUGCUGCUCAAUUGUUCGGUUGUUUGAAAUUCGAUUUGCCACUGCACCUUCUCCUAUUCGGUCGUAUAUUUCAUUUUUUAUUUUAUACGUCUUACCCCCACCUCUCGUUGCAGUCUGUUUGACCACAUACAUCGUCAAUUUCCGUUUUUUGAACCCCCAGGCUUAGAAUUUUGAUAAAAAAGUUGCUCUGGGGUUGGUUGGGGAAUUGAUUGGGAGUUUGGUGCUUGAGGUGCUUGAUUUUGGGGGGUACCAUUUUGCAUAUUUUGAAUGCUUAAAUCGCCUCUAGCACCUUGACCGGUUGAAUUGAAUUUUGGAGGGGGUUUUCUCCAUUGUGAAUCCGGUACAUACGAUCCAUAAUUUCCUCUUCCUCGAUAGUUAAAAUUUCUAACUCGUACCUCGUGGAAAUUGGGUAUAAAAUUUUUACCUUUGUAAUUUGAAACUCUUGGUUUCUCUUGUUGAAUUUCUCUGGCUUCUUCUGUUACUUGGGGAUCCGUUUUUUGAUGGAAAUUUGUAUGUACGUACUUCGUAGAAUGGACGUCAUCAGUCACUGAUUUCUUUGCCACAGUAAGUUUCUUCACGAGGUCUUCCUUAGUAUUCAACUCUUCGAGGUUCAUUUUAUUUUGGAUUGCAUGGGGGAUUUUUUCGAGAAUUUUAUCAAUGAUUUGCUCGGCUGUUAGUUUGGUAGCCGCUAACGUAUCAUACCACAUAGAAAAAUAUUCGAUAUAGUCGGCCAUUGUUUUUAUUUUUUCGACAUUAUCGGUUCUAAAGUACUCAAUGGCGGAUUGUUUCGCCGUUUGGUCCCAAUAUAGAUUUAAAAAUUGCGGUAUUAAUUUUUCUAAUUCUUCCCCUUCUUGAAUUUUGGUUUCCCAAGCUUGUGUUUUAUACUCUACACAAGAAAUAAAUAACAUGCGACGAUUUACAGGGCUUAAGUUUUGCUCAAUCUCUUUUGUUUGAAAUUGUUUAACAAAUCUGACCGGAUGGUGUAUCAUUUUCUGAGUGAACAUCGUAGCACUUUUCCUGAAAAGUUCAAUAAAGACCAAUUCAGAUGAAGAUUUCUCUCCUCCUGCCUGUGCCACUCUCGCUUCAGCACCUUUCAACAAGAUAUCUACGGUCUUUUUCAUUUCUUGUUCAUUGUUUUGCCACAUAGUAGUACUUUCAGUUUUUAAUUCGUCGAUGAUAGAAUUUUUAAAAGAUACUAUUGCUUCGCCUACGUCUUUAUUCGUUUCAGUACACCAUUUUUCCAUUAAUUCGUUGACAGAUUUAUCAACCGAAGAUUCCAACUCUUUCACUUUUUCAUUGUGUUUUGCUAGAUAGGUAGCUUCGAUUUCUUUUACCUUCUCAUCUAAUUUGGUCUUGUAAUUAGUCUCUAGCUCAGUUGCUUUAUCUUCGAAUUGCUUCUUAAUCUGGUCUUCGAUUAAUGUUUUAAAAUCACUAAACUCCUGUUGAGAAACCAUUUUGAUUUUAUUUUUUCUGGUUUUUACGUAUAUAGGUAGCGAUUUAUCAAUUAAAAGAUUACUACGGUGCCUACGAAUUUGUGGUGGAGUGAUUCUAGCAGGACUUGAAUCUUCCACUAAAAAACGACGCGGGGUAUUAUUUUUAUCCGUUUUUGAUUAAUUUUUUAAUUGUUCAAUUUCAAGAAUAAAUUCUUGUUCGGAUA